AGUAGUUGAGUGUUGCUGUCCGGUAGAAGUGACGGCGUAUGGUAGUGACUGGAUUCCGUUUUGUUGCAUCAGGAAUUAUCAAGACACUGCAUUGUGACUGUAAAUUUGAUCGUUAAAAUAAAAAGUGAUUUAAUACUGCAAUGAAAUUUGUUUAUGCUAGACCGAGAAAAAAUUAUAGGCAGCCGGACGAUGGCGGCGCCGGCGCCAUGGCCGGCAAGCGGUGCUCGCUGUACCGCGACGAGCGCUACGAGCUGAACGGCGCCGAGUACUCCCUGGGCUACGGCAGCAUCAACCGGGAGCAGGAGCGGCAGGUCAUCCUCCAGGACGACGAGGACUCGGACGGCGGGCUGGCGAUGCGCGCGUCGCCGCCGCCGCCCGCGGGCGAGGCCCCGCCCCCGCCCGACGCCUUCUUCCGCGACGGGCGGCGCCGCAUCGACUUCGUGCUGGUGUACGAGGAGAGCGCGACGGCGCGCACCGGCAGCCUCAUAAGCGGCCGCUCGGGCUCCGUCAGCUCCUCGGCCGACCCGCACGGCAGCGCGUCCGGCAACUUCGUCUUCGGCGGCGGCGACAAGCGCGCCAACAAGCGCGAGCUCUGGCGCCAGCGCUUCAUGGCCAACCUGCGACGCACGGGGCUCGACAUGGAGGAGGAAGUGGUGGAAAGCAGCAAUCGGAAGUUGGUAUGCUUCAUCAAAUUGCACGCCACGUGGUCUGUUCUGUGCCAUUUUGCCGAAGAACUGAAUAUGAGGGCACCACUUCAGGGUGGGAAGUGGCAAGCGUGUCCGUUGCAGGCGCACCCCAACCCGUCCACCAACUGGUCGGAGCUGCUGCUGAAGGCGCUUCGCCUCCCGAACGUCAUGUGCGAGGACGUCCCGAACAAGCCGCUCGACUACUACACCUGCCCGUUCCGCAAGUCCAAGAUUGACAGGUUUCUGGGGAGCGACAACCACGACACGUACUUCACCAACGUGCAGCGCGGCCGCAUCCUGUACGAGAUCCUGUCGACGGCCGUCUUCGGCAAGAAGAAGAAGGGAGAGGUGGGGAUCGAGCGCCUGGUGGAGGAGGGCGUCUUCUGCUCCGCCUUCCCGCUGCACGACGGUCCCUACGAAGUGAAAAGGAACAAAAAAGGGGAGAUCGAGCAGCCCCUGAACCCGAGGCAGAUCCUGUACGAGUACUGGGCGCGGUGGGGCAAGUGGUACAAGUACCAGCCUCUUGACCACAUCCGAGAGUACUUCGGGGAGAAGAUAGCCAUCUACUUCGCUUGGCUUGCCAUAGUCGGCGUGCUGGUGUUCCUGUACGGCGUGUGCACGAUGCACACCAACCGCCUGGCCGUGGAGGUGUGCACGCAGGGCCAGUCCCUGCAGAUGUGCCCGCUGUGCAACGAGGACAUCGGCUGCAAGUAUUGGAACUUGAGUGAUGUGUCAAAUAAGAACAAAUGA